UUUAAUUGAGAACAUCCCUGGUUGGCCGACUUCCGGUAAAAAUGGCGCUGAGCAGAGGCUACACCACACUGUGGAGGACAUGCAGGCUUUUGACAUACAGACACCCUCUCCUUCCUCUCGCUGCAGCCCGAACUCAGAGCUCAGUUAGCGGGGACAUAGUGCCGCGAACCUCGCUGUCCGUACCUCCGUGGCCGGAGACGAGGUUGUUGCCGGAGGAGGAUCAGCGCAGACAGCACGCCGCCCUGGUGAGCACAGUCAACCAGCGGAUAGAGAAAGGGGACUUUGGUCGCCUGUUCGCUGUGGUUCACUUCGCUGGCCAUCAGUGGAAGGUCACCGAUGAAGACUUGAUUCUGAUCGAGAACCACAUCGAUGCGGACUGUGGUGAGCGAAUCCGGAUGGAGAAAGUUCUGCUUGUCGGGGCGGAGGACUUCACGCUGAUCGGCAGGCCUUUACUGGGGAAAGAGCUUGUCAGGGUCGAGGCCACGGUGGUCGAGAAGACCGAGUCUUGGCCCAAAGUGCACAUGGUGUUCUGGAAGAGACAUCGCUUCCAGCGCAAGAGGUUUAUUGUUCAGCCUCAGACGGUGCUGAGGAUCAACCGCAUCGAACUGGUACCCAGACUGGCAUGACUCGCAAACCUGGUAGUCCUAAAGGGGGCAGAAGUGCCACACGUGAACUCUUUAGAGUUGAGGAGGAAACGGGAGAACUGAGCAGAGGCAGACGUGAAGGCACUGUGGGAACAUUCCUCCUCAAUGCCAGCGUGCUAACCGCUAGGCCUACAGUGGAGAAGUUGUCAUCAGGAGUGUGUAGAGCAAAAACAACCUGAGAGCUCACACGAUGGAAUAACAACCUGCUCGUGUUCUUAACCUCAGUGGUCACACGUCUGACAGAAGACACUGGAAGGCUACACAAUUCCGCAAAAUGUGGAAUCACCAUAUUCAUGCUUAGAAUUGAGAUUGUGAUUCUCUGGGACAUUUUUUCACACACUAUUAUCCCUGGCCAUUAAUAGAAAAAUAAUGGACUGAAAAUAAUCCAUUAAGUCAAAAAAUUUCACGCUUGCUCACUUGACAGGACAUUCAUGCACGUAAUAAAGUUGCUGGGGACCGUUGAGAGCGAGGAGGAAGUGUCGGCCAUAAUGCUAACAGUGCAGUAUGAGUACUUGAGUGAAAUGGCAACAUUUGUGAUGCAACUUGUUGAGUAAAAUUGUAAAAGUAAAAAAUAAAUUAGAAAUGAGAUCGCAUGGUAGUGUGAAUCGAGAGAGCACCUUUUUUUUUAUUUUUCCGUUCCGUCCUCAAAGACACCAUCACUUAACGUAUUUAAAUAUCAGACUCAGCUAGCCACUAGAUAGCUGCACUGUGAGAUUAGCCUAAGGACAUCACUGGAAAUGCAACAUGGCGGCCUCCAUUGUGGUGAUAUGCAUCUAAAGAUGUAAAAAAUUAACAUUUGAAUAUGACAUUGGUGUCUUCUAUCAAACAUGUGAACACUGAGGCUUGCCUAGAAGACCUAGAAGAUGAAGCGCAGUUCAUUUUAAUUUAUCCUCACAUUCUUCUUCCCAUGAAUUGAGUAGUCCAGAAAAGACUUUUCAUUUCUCAGAGGUGAAGCAAGAACAGCAACGCAGCAGCAAUGAAGGCUUUCUUUCAAAACAAAAUUUCUAGAAUUAUCUUCAACAGUCCAAUUAGAAUGGUCCAGAAUAUCGACUCCUCUUCCUCAAAGUUCUCGUCGGCCGUCUGAGUGGGUUUCUUCUGUUUUUGCCCAUCCUCCGAGCCCAAAUCAAAAGGAUCCUGCGGUGCCGUCUGGUCAUGGAAUACCCUCAUCUCGAACUCGCUUUCCCGAUGGGAGGGGUGUCCGUAGAUGCCGAUGCCCACGGGCCGGGCAAAGUCCAUGGGGACCACCACCACGUCCUGGCCGCAGGUGGCCGACUGCAGCUUGUAGCUGUCGAAACUGGGUCGUAGCGUCUUAUCCGACACGUAGAGGUCGGCGUCGCCCUUCAGGCUGUGCAUGUGCAGCACGAUGGUGCCGUCGUGGUUGAGCCGCAGAUAGCUGUAGUUCCCCGCUCCGAUGUGGCCCUGGACCACGUGCAGCAGAACCCAUUCCCUGGGCAUGCUGCCCUCCUCCUCCUCCUCCAGGAAGCUCACCAGGCCUCGGAACUGCAGCAGCAGGAGGGCGAUGGCCAGUGUGCGGCGGCUCAGCAUCAUGGCCAAGACAUCUGUCAAUCAAUCAAUCAGCGCCUGGGUGAGAACACAAGAUUCUGUUCCACUGGACUCGACACAUACAUCCACUGGACACACUUCUUGCCUUGUUUACUUUCAUUAUUAGUACUUUCCACUACUGCAUCAUACUGAAAGUUCUUUCUAUAUCUGUAUCCUAUCGUGUCACUGAAUAAGGUUAGAAUAGAGAUUUCAGAGAUUUGGACUGUUGGGAAUCAUUUUAAUGAUUUGGGACAGCAUUACACUGUCAAAAUGUGCGCCCUCAGGCAGGAAAUACACAGUGUCCAGAUCGGUACGGCAUUUGAAACAGCCUUAGUCUCUCUCCACUGUCAACAUACGCGUCCCCACUUUUUAUAGCAAAGUUAACAUUGUAUAUUAUUACACUGCUUCACGUCUUUUUACACACGUUGUGACACUUUGGGAUGUUAAAAUGAAACUCAAUUUAUCCAGAAAUUUCCUGAGAUACGAAGUGAGCUAUUGAGUCACAUGACGCCUUCAAAAAGUCGAAGUACGGCUGGGGAAAAAAUAACCUACUUUGUGGCCUUUGACACCAAUUACGGCAGGAAAUGCUUAUAAACGACAAAGUGAGAUUAGUGAUAGUGACAAAAAACAAAUGUACUUGUUUUUAAUGACUGGUAGAGCUAAACGCGCAUAUUCAGCGUCAAUCUUGUCAAAACCCCAGCCUUUUAAACCCCGUUUCCGUGCACGUUAACAUUAGCCGGAAUUUAAUAAUAUACCACUACGCUCAGUGUUUUUUGUACGAAUACGUUGACCUUAUCUCGCAGUUACAUACUUGGUUAGCUACUUGACUCAAGCUAGCACGCAGCUGCUACUAGCUUGUUGAGACAUGGCUAAAAUCGAGAAGAAAGAAGCUGAAAGGCGAUCAAAACAUUUGUAGGGUGUGUGUGUGAAAGAAAUAUCAGUAAGGACAAUCUAAAACAGAACUUUUUAAUUAAAGGACACAAGGACCACUUACAUGUCUGUCAUUUCUUCAUCAGCAUCUUCAGCUAAUCAACCUGCCCAAAGUUCUUCUCUCCCCUAAGUGACACGAAAGCCACAAACACGACACAGCGCCCCCAGCGACUCAUUACGUUACUGCGACUACAACCUCCGUAUAAUGCUUACAGGUGGUAUUCCUGAAUGGGAACUGCCCUUUACCCCUUCUUUAAUGAGUAAUGUUUAGCAAAAUUUCAAGUUCACCGACUUCACAUGCAGCAGUAAAAGUGUAACCGGAUGUACAGGUAGUUGUCAGUAAAUGUGUCACACAUCCAUUCACGUUUACAAUCCUUUCACUUUAAUGAACACCAACUGCACUUUAACGAAAUAAAAUAAAAGCAGAAUACAACAAAUAUUCCUGGGUCGUGCUGCGGGUCUGGACAACAGGCUAGACGACCAUGUAUGUUGUCAAAAAGCACAUCAAAUUGCAAAUUCUAUAUCAUUACUCGCUCAACAAUGUUGCAUAUCGUGACACAUUAGAUACAUGUUAUGGAAGUCGUCGUUACUUCAGCUUUUUGUUACUGCAGAGCAGUCGACCAAUUUAAGGCUUCCAGAAGUUCCACAGUGGAGUAAAGUCUGAUGUACACAAAUUCUGGGAUCAAUGGUAGGUGGUGCGUGCAUGUGUGUGUGUGUGUGUGUGUGUGAAGGGGUGUUACAGUACUCUUUCCAAUGGAAAAUGUCACCUUGCUCACUUUGCUUCCCUUCCAGUCAGAGAAUUGCAGUGGAUGUCUUCUAAAGCACACAGACUUGACACAUGAUCAUGAGCGUGA